GGCACCCGGGCGCCUCCAGCCCGCUGCCCUGCUGAGGCCGGGCCGGCCGGCUCCGACUCUGCCACCGGCGCCCCACAGUUCUCAGUGACUCACGCCGGCCCCAUCGGCCUCCCCCCGGCUCGCCCCGGCCCGCAGCCGGGCGCUCCCCGCCCCUUCCCCGCCAUGCUGCGAGCACCCCCAGCCGCCCUGUCGCCUAGGAACCACACUCUAAAAUGGCGGCCGCGGCCGACAGCGCCGGUGCGCAGGCAGUAGAAAAACACCUGAAGAUCUGUGGCUUUAAGAGGAAUGUGGAUGUCUUAGUAUUGUAUCUGGCGGGACAAGGACUAGGAAGUAUCCCGAGUCUGUCACGGUUUCAUAGAUUAAGGUACCUCUGGAUUAAUAACAAUAAGAUCCAAGAUUUGACUUUCUUAGUCAAAAACCAUUGCUUGACAGAACUCUACCUCAACAAUAAUGAGGUCACAGAUAUAUCAGGUGCUCUGAAACACUUGUGUGCGUUACAGAUUCUGCUGCUUCACAACAACCAGUUAAAAAACCUGGGCAAAACAGUAGAGGAAUUAAAAGGAAUGAUAAGCUUGCAGACCCUAAACCUAUUCCAUAACCCUCUGGCACAAGAUCCAGGCUACCGGCUUUAUGUGAUAUACUUCCUUCCUUCAGUACAGCUCCUUGACAGGAAACCAGUUACACAAAGAGAAAGGGAGUCAGCACUGCAUGUCUACAACCAUGAAAGAUCUUGUGUUGUGCACUCAAUAGCUUUUGGAAAGAGGCUAAAUACACCACUGGUGACUAAAACAGGAUCUAACAGAUGCACCCAGCCAGCCAGAAGAUUGAUGAUACCUUCAGGUUGUACAUUUGGAAAUCACACAAAUAAAAUUCCAUUUGAGAACCCCGCAGAUGCUGUUUUUCUAAGGGCAAUGACAAGAUCUGUAAUGGAAUUUUCCUUUGUUGACUGGAAUAAAGUAUCUACCUGUCAAGAAAGACGACUUGAAAACAAAGCAGAAGAGCCCCAUGAAAAGCUGACAGUGAAAUUUAGAUAAGUGUUUUCUUCCUCAAGAAAAAAUUUAUUCGUCCAUCUGGAGUGGAUAGAAACCUGUUAUAUGAGUAAAUAUCUAUGCAAUACAUGUACACGAAAGCUUGCAUCCAAUUAAAUGAACUGCCAGCCAAAAAAAAAAAAAAUAAAGUGUAAC